AGAUAAAAGUGAAUUAUCAGUCAAACCCAUAGAAUGUAUAACAUGAAAAACAAACUGUAAUGUAAACUAUAGACUUUGGGUGGUAUGCUGUAUCAAUUUUACUAUUUGGUUCCAGAAUUUGAAACUGGAAACGACUUGGUAGGACUGACUCGUGUCUUUUCCAUGUAGUGUCAGCUGCAGCAUAUUGGCUCAGAAAAAGAAAUAAUAAUAACAGGAGUGAAAAGGAAUUUGCACCAUUUCUAAGCUGCCAAAUGGAGUGAGGACUAAAGAGUGGCCCUCAUUUCUUCCUCACUUGGAUACUCAUUUUUAGUGAGCAACCUGGACUGUACAUGGCAGCCCUUCUAGGAGAGGUCCACAGAUUUUUUGAAGCACUUUUAGAAUUGUUCUGUUUAGAUCAAGAUGUCUAGCAAAGCAAAUGCUUCCAAGAAAAGGUUUCAGCAGUUAAAAAGAAAUCCAAAACGAAAAACUGAUGAUGAGGAAGUGGAGUUAUCAGAGAAAGAGGUUAGAAACACAGUGAAGAAGAAGAAAAAUCAUCCAAAGCAUCUGUCUUCUGAAGAGACAGGACAAACAGAGCAAACCAAUCUGAAACAGGUAAAGAUAACAUCCAGCAAGAGAAAAACCUGGCAACCUCUUUCAAAGAAUAGCAGAAAGCAUUUGCAAACUAUGAUGGAAACAAUAAUAAUAGCAAUUUUGAGUAACAAAGGUAGAGAAAAUGAACAGAUUCAAUAUCAUCUCAACUGCCUGAAGAAAAGGUUGCUACAACUAUGUGAAACCCUAAAAGUCCCUCCCCCAAAGCUGAAAGAUUUAACUAAUGUGUCAGGUCUACUGAAAAAGGAGAGAAUACGUCACAGAGCUAAUGAGGAAGGUCUGGCAUUAUUGCAGGAACAAUUAGAUAAAAUAGUAGAGACCACAGAGUCAGUGACUGGGAAUAUUCAGAGCCUAAAGAACAAAAUUCAGAUUCUGACAAGUGAGGUGGAAGAAGAGGAGGAGAAGGUAAAACAGAUAGUUCAAAUAGAUAGUAGUGGGGUACUCUGUGUUCCAGAACUUUCUCAGAAGAGUCUCAAAGCACCCACACUUCAGAAAGAAAUUUUGGAACAAAUUCCAAACCAGAAUGCUCUUCUGAAGGACUUUGAGGUUCUCCGUAAUUCACCUCAGACGAAGAACAUGUUAACUUUCAUCGAAGAAGCAUAUAGGAGACUGGAUGCCUCUUAAAGAGUGUUGUUCAGA